UUUUCACUCCUUAUAAUAAAGUGCAAUUAUCUAGGUUCUUGUUGUCAGUUUCAUUCAUCUUUGUAACUAGCCUAUGACCAGGAGUUCUAGAUGUCUCUCAAUCAAAACUACUGAAAGGCAUGAAUGUGUAGGCCUUCUACAGUGAUCAUAAGGCGUGGAGCAGUUUGUUUUUGUUUAGGGCAUGCAUGGACCAGACAAAUGGCAUGGAUCAGAAAAGGAAAGGGGAAUGGCCUAGGCUGAAAAGGCUACGAUAGCCUCUGCCAAACUCAUCUCAGUUGACCUGCAGCAUUGGAAUAUACCUCAUUGAUGCUUUGGUCCUGGAGAAUACAAUACACUUUUCUUGGAUAUUGAAAAAGAAAUCAGAGGUUCCCAAUGAUGCCAGCAGUGAGAGGUGAUGGCAUGCGAGGGCUUGCUGUCUUCAUAUCAGAUAUCAGAAAUUGUAAGAGCAAGGAAGCAGAGAUCAAGAGGAUAAACAAAGAGUUGGCCAAUAUUCGAAGUAAAUUCAAAGGAGACAAGACCUUGGAUGGUUAUCAGAAGAAGAAGUAUGUGUGCAAGCUGCUCUUCAUCUUCCUCCUUGGCCAUGAUAUUGAUUUUGGCCAUAUGGAGGCAGUGAAUUUGCUGUCUUCAAAUAAAUAUACUGAAAAACAAAUAGGAUACUUAUUCAUUUCUGUGCUUGUGGAUAGCACAAGUGACUUGAUGAAACUCAUCAUCCAGAGCAUCAAGAAUGACCUCUCUUCCAGAAACCCUGUGCAUGUCAAUCUGGCUCUUCAGUGCAUUGCCAACAUUGGAAGCAAGGAAAUGGCUGAUUCCUUUGGUAAUGAGAUCCCCAAACUUCUUGUCUCUGGAGAUACAAUGGACACAGUGAAGCAGUCAGCUGCCCUCUGCCUAUUACGUCUAUUCAGGACCCAACCUGAUGUGAUCCCUAGUGGAGAGUGGACUUCCCGUAUUAUCCAUUUGCUGAAUGAUCAGCACAUGGGUGUUGUAACAGCUGCCUGCAGUCUUAUUGAUGCAUUAGUAAAAAGAAAUCCUGAUGAAUAUAAGGGUUGCAUCAGCUUGGCAGUUUCCAGGCUCAGUCGAAUUGUCACUGCCAGCUAUACAGACCUGCAGGAUUACACCUAUUACUUUGUCCCAGCUCCAUGGUUGUCAGUGAAGCUCCUUCGACUACUCCAAAAUUAUCCCCCACCAGACGACCCAGGGGUGAAGGGUCGUUUGAAUGAAUGCCUCGAGACCAUUUUGAACAAAGCACAAGAGCCACCAAAGUCCAAGAAAGUGCAGCAUUCUAAUGCUAAGAAUUCCGUGCUGUUUGAAGCCAUCAGCCUUAUCAUUCACUCAGACAGUGAACCAAAUCUGCUGGUGAGAGCUUGCAACCAAUUGGGUUCAUUCCUCUCUCAUCGUGAGACAAAUCUUCGCUAUCUAGCCUUGGAAAGCAUGUGUCUUCUUGCCACCUCUGAACUCUCUCAUGAGGCUGUCAAGAAACAUCAGGAAACUGUCAUCAAUGCUCUCAAAACGGAAAGAGAUGUCUCAGUGAGACAGAGGGCAGUAGAUCUCCUCUAUGCCAUGUGUGAUAAAACAAAUGCAGAGGAAAUUGUUCAAGAAAUGCUGCACUACCUUGAAACAGCUGACUACUCCAUCAGAGAAGAAAUGGUGCUGAAAGUGGCAAUCUUGGCUGAGAAAUAUGCAGCUGACUACACAUGGUAUGUGGAUGUGAUCCUCAACUUGAUUCGGAUUGCUGGAGAUUAUGUGAGUGAGGAAGUAUGGUACAGAGUCAUCCAAAUUGUAGUAAACAGGGAAGAUGUUCAAGGCUAUGCAGCGAAGACUGUUUUUGAGGCCCUUCAAGCCCCAGCUUGUCAUGAAAACAUGGUCAAAGUUGGUGGAUAUAUCCUUGGAGAGUUUGGAAACCUCAUUGCUGGGGAUGCACGUUCCACUCCCAUCAUUCAAUUUCGACUCCUUCAUUCAAAGUUCCACCUCUGCUCCCCUAUGACUCGUGCUCUUCUUCUGUCAACAUAUGUGAAAUUCAUCAAUCUCUUCUCAGAAAUAAAGGGUGACAUCCAAGAAGUGCUCAAAGCUGACACCAACAUUCGCAGUGCUGAUGCUGAACUCCAGCAAAGGGCAUCUGAAUACCUUAACCUAAGCCGAAUGGUCUCUCAAGAUGUACUGGCCACUGUUUUAGAAGAAAUGCCUCCAUUCCCAGAGAGGGAGAGUUCCAUCUUGGCCAAGCUGAAAAAAAAUCCUUGGAGACAGGGUGAUACUGAGCAUAAGGAAUCCAAGAUGCCUCCAGCCAUCAUGAACCAUACAAAUGAUAUCAAAGGUGGAGUUGCUGCAGAUGAUAUCCUUGACUUCAAGGCAUCAGCUCCUAUUCCUGACAGACAGGGUGAUCAGAAUAUACUUCAUGAUGUCUUCUCGAGCAUUUCAAAUGGACCUCAGGCUGCACAUCUUCCUUCUACAUCUCAUGUGGAUAAUCUAAACAAAUUUGUGUGCAAGAAUAAUGGAGUCCUGUUUGAGAAUGAUAUAAUUCAGAUUGGGAUCAAGGCUGAGUUCAGACAAAAUCUUGGAAGACUUGGAAUCUUUUAUGGCAAUAAAACAACCAUGCCCCUCCAGGGCUUCUCAACACAGAUCUCUUGUAGUGGUAGCUUAGCCCUGAAGCUGAUGGUUCAAGCAAAGCCAGUUGACCCAGUCAUAGAAGCCGGUGCUCAGAUUCAGCAACUUGUCAAUGUGGAAAGCAUUGAUGAUUUCAAAGAACAUCCAGGGCUUGUGGUGACAUUCAUGUACAGUGCAGUGCAACAGAGGUUAGACCUCAAGCUUCCAGUUACCCUCAAUAAGUUCUUUGAGCCAACAGAGAUGAACUCUGAGUCCUUCUUCUCACGUUGGAAGAUUCUCAGCACGCCAUCCCAAGAAUCCCAACACAUUUUCAAGGCAACAAAACCUAUGGAUCCUGAAGCAACAGCCAAUAAAUUGACAGGGUUUGGGAUGCAGUUGCUUCCAAAUAUCGACCCAAAUCCAGACAAUUUUGUGUGUGCAGGAAUUAUUCAUUCUCGAAACCAGCAAGUUGGCUGCCUCCUGCGACUUGAACCCAACAAACAGGCUCAGAUGUAUCGGCUGACAAUUCGUGCCAGCAAAGACACGGUUGCUGGGAGUUUAUUGGAACUCCUCUAUCCUGAGUUCUGAUUUGAUGGGCUUCACAUGGUUAAGUCCAGUGACUGACAUAUUCAUACCAUCACAGACUAUAUCCCUCUCGUAUUUGUCUCAUCUCUGCGGUGUUUCUGUAUUUCUGCUCUGGUGAUACCCAAGAGGAGAGAGAGGUGAAUGCUAUGCUGCACAUUGUCAUGACUGCAAUUCUUGCUUGUGAUUCUGCCCCAGCAUAUGCUUAAUAUCAGUGAAAGGAACCCUGCUUCUCUCUCUCUCUUUCUUUCUUGCUCUCUAUUGGCUGUCUAUUGCCCAGGCAUUCCAGUCGUGAAAUUCAAAACUGUGUCUGGUGAUGUUUGUAGGAAUCGUAAUACUGUGCCUCAUUCUAUGUUUUGUUCUUGAAUUAAUUUUUUUUUCUUCACUCAGCUCAUGCAUGAGAUCUGAACAUGGCAUAAGUAGGCAGAAAGUGGUUCUUACUGAAUGUGCUUAAGAGACUGUCAUAAUUACACUAGUUGGAUUGGACCCUCUUCUCACAUUAGGUGGUACCAAAUGUAUGAGUGAGAGAGAAGGGGUGUUUAAUUCUACCUAUAGCAAGGU